ACAAGUUGGAAGAACCGUCAGAAACCAGUGCAAAAAUCUUAAGAAGAUGAAACUAUGUUAUUUAUAUGUGAACACUACUCAGCUUAUUAUUUUUGUUAAAGUGUGUUUUCAAGUCUCGACCUGCCAAAAUUGGUCUUUUACUUUCCCAAGGUCCAUUCAAGCCUUUAAGGAUGCAUGUGUGGAAAUUCCAUGCACAUUCACUCGACCUCAAUUAUAUGACAAGCCAUUCAAUAUAAUUUGGUACUUGUACCAUCCUGUUGAUUAUCUACAAAUUUACAACAGCGGAAAUCCAUCAAGAGUGUUAUCAAAAUACAAAGGAAGAACCUCUCUUGUGGGAAAUACAACAAUAAGCUGUACCUUAAGGAUUAAUAAUGUGGAAAAUGAUAAACUGUAUUAUCCAGGAAUCAGCACAAGGAUAAACUCUUGGGAUCUCAAUGAAAAACAAAGUGUUGAGGUCAAAGUAACAGAAUUGAUAGAUAAGCCCUUACUAACAGUGCCCAGUAUUCUGACUGAAGAAGUUCCAGUGACCAUAGUAUGCUCCGUACAACAUACGUGUGCCUCCUCUCCUCCAUCUUUUAUCUGGAACAAAAAUGGAUCCAUUGAUGAGCACCAUGAAGAUCUUAAAGAUGGGAAUUGGAGAGCUGUUUCACAAAUCUUAUAUAAUCCUAUCUUGCAAGAUAACAAAACACAACUGCUAUGCACAGUGACAUUUCAAAAUGGAAAGCAAAGUCAUGAAGGAUGCACUUUAAAUAUUCUGACGGCAUCCAAGAGACAUAUAUACAUCAUUAUAUCUGUGGUGUCUGGAAUGAUCUGUCUUCUUCUUCUACUUGGCAUCUACAUUUAUUUGAGGAAAAGAAAGUCACAUUCAGUACCCUCUAAUAAAAUCAUUGGAAUAAAGGACAUGAAGACAAUUGAUUCUACAUAUGCUGAACUUCAGAAGCAUGAUAACUCUAAUGAAUAUGAAGAAUUAAAGGUAAAAAUUAAUAUUUACCAAGAUAUGAAGACAACUCACAGUGAAGCAAAUCAUGGUAUUAAAAACAUCCCAAAGAGAUGUGAAAAUAUAGACAAGAACUAUAUAUAACAAUGUACAGGUAGCCCUCAGUUUACGCUGGGGUUAGGUUCCAGGAGGAAUGGUUGUAAAUCGAAACCGUUGUAAAUUGAAACCCAGUUUAUAAUGUAAGUCAAUGGGAAUUGAGGGAGUUAGGUUCCAGGCCCCUCUCAAAAUUGUUAUAAGUAACACCUAAUACAUUAUUUUUAAAGCUUUGAAAUGAAGACUUGAAAUGCUAAACAGCAUUAUAAACAGUAUUGAAUAAUCACACAACACAGAAUAUAUAAUUAAACUAAGUUAAAUGAACAAAACAUUUGCUAAACUGCAUUAUAAACCUUAUGAAAUAAUCACACAACACACACUUUACUUGCAUUUUUCUGCAAACAGUUCCUUUUAUGCAUUCCAAUCUGGACUGAUUUAUAGACAGGAAGAUCUUGUUCCUAUAAAAACUGCUUGAUAGCUCAUGUCUAGCUAGCUACACUGAUUCAUUUCAGCCUGCUUGUGUGUAUCUUUGCUGCAACACAAGCGGACAGCUCCAUCUACUUGCUAUUUUAAUCAAUGCACUGCUUUCUCAAUGCUUUUCAAUAGGAGCCACAUGACUAAAAAAAAAGGUUGUUAUUCUGAAACGGUGCAAAUUGAACCGGCUAAAACUGAGGGCCACCUGUAUUGGUUAAUAAUGACCUUUUAAACAAUUUAACAUCUACAAUAACUGAAAUUAAAUUAAUGAAAUAAAAAUGAGUAUUGCAUAAAUAUUCGUCUACUGCAAGACCUAAUGAAUCAAUAAUUACAUAAUAACAAACCUGCAUUAUUUUUUAAAAGAUAUCAGAAUGAACAUCAGUCCAACAAGUUUGUAAAUACAAAAUGCAGAACAGUUUUAUAAACAUAAAAUGCUGUAAUAUUAAUAAAU